GAGGUGUCACUUCAUCGCAGGCCUUCUCUCAGUACACUACAACUCUCCGCUUCACACUCCUGGUGCUGACGGCUGACUCUCUGUUUCUCUCUCUCAAGGUGACUUGUGGAGAUGAGGCCUCACUGUCCGCUACUACUGUUGGUGUUGGCACUGAUCACAACCACAGGAGUGUCUCUGAGUGACAACAACACUGGAGUGUUUUUGAGUGACGUGAGUUACCAGCACUCCAGAAAGAUAUGUAAACUAGACUCGGUUAUUGCUGGAGACCGUCGGCGGAGAGCAGCGGCUGGCCACGAGGACAAUUACACCACAAGUUUAGCGGUGAAGGAGGAAGGAAAUUCACUGAUAAGGAAUAAAACACAGAGGAAGAUGGUAAGUUUGUGGCCAGUAAGAGAUGAUGAAGACUUGUCCAAUGAUGGCGGGUCUCUGGGGAGGUUAUUGGUGAGGGUGGUGGAGGAGGAGAUGAGGGGCUGUGACCUACUGCUGGCCUACGACGACCUCGACAGUCACCUGCCUCUGCUGGUCCACCUGCUGCUGCUGCUGCCUCACACGCGUCAGGUGUUGCGGGUGAAGACGGUGGAGGACCUGCUGGGUGUAGUGUGGGUGUCGCCAAGGUGUAGCAGCUACCUCUUCCUUCUGCAGCGUCCCGACCAUCUGAUGACCUUCCUAAACACCCACCUUGACACCUGGGACUACCGCGGCAGGUACGUGUUGGUCGGGCUGAGUCAAGACCAGCUGGUGAACGUCUCUCGUUCCAGGAAGGGAAAAAAAACCGAACACCUGCUGGGGGUGAUCAAGUCUGGUGCUCGGGGAGAGUGGGGAGUGUACAUGAACCAGCUGUACUGGGGUCCUGGAGUACAGCGUGUAGCCACCUGGCGAGGCAACAGCUUCACGUCACAGGUGGAACUUUUCCCAGACAAAGUGUCAGACCUGCGCGGUGCUGUGCUCAAGGUGUGCACGUUUGUGUGGGAGCCCAACGUGUUCUAUUACCGGGCAAAGAACGGCUCUCUUCUCUACCGCUACGGCAUCGACAUUCAGAUUACUAGACUGUUGGCCAGGUCACUUAACUUCUCCAUAGAGUUUGUGGAGCCUCCCCCAGGAGAGAUGUGGGGAGAGGCACAGACCAAUGGGUACUUCUCUGGCCUCAUAGGUAAGGUCAAGAGAGAUGAGGUCGACAUUGGUGUGGCUGAUCUUUAUCUCGUCAUAUCUCGUAAUAAUAUCGUUGACAUGACCUCACCUUAUGACUCUGAGAUGAAGUGUUUCCUAGUGUUAGAGGCACCGCCACUACCUCGCUGGCAGGCGCUUGUGUUCCCUCUCAACCCCUGGACCUGGCUCGCUUCCUUCCUGAGUCUGCUACUGUCCGGUCCUCUACUGUGGGUCUUUGCCAGCGUUAGUAAUAGAUGCGGGGGCGAAGUGAACAUCCUUCAGCACCUCACGCCAGCCUGGCAAUACGCCUUCGGCCUUCACUUCCGGCAAGCGCAGGCGUCAGUACCCCGCAGCACCAGCACCCAGGUGGUGGUGACCGCCCUCUGGCUCUACACCAUCAUCCUCACCAUCGUGUACAGCAGCAACCUCACCGCCUUCCUGCUGGUGAGGAAGCAACCGCCUCCCAUGGACACCAUUAUUGACCUCUACCAUUCAGGCCUCGAGCUGGCCACCAUCGGAGUCUUCUUUAAGAAUGCGAUGGCUAUCUCUAGUGACCCCUACCUCAGGGCCCUGACGAAGAUGUUCGUCUCCUACGAUGACGUGGAGGACAUACUGGCACGGGUGGUGGCUGGCGAGGCCGUGUACCUCAGUAACGGGAGAUACAUCCAGUUUGUAACCACCACCAGGUUCACCAAGGCCGGCACUAGGGUCAGGGUGAUGAAGGAAUGUUUCUCAACCUUCUACAACGCCGUAGCACUGCAGCGCUACUCCCCUCUCACACCCAAGUUCAACCAAAUCAUCGGGUGGAUCUCUCAGAAUGGCUUAGUUCAUCACUACUUACGGGAGUCAAUAAGGCUGGCGGCUUCUACUGAGGAAUACGGCGGUGGUGGUAGUGUCAGUGACGGCGGUGGUAACAAGCAAAAUAACUCCCCUGACAAUACUAACGCCACUACCCCUCUAAGUCUUGACCAUCUACAGGGCAUCUUCUUCGUCAUUAUCUUUGGGUGGGUCUCCUCUAGCCUCGCCUUCUGCCUCGAGGUCAUCAUGUACGGCAGGAGGAGUGAACGAGCCAGCCUCAAGUCAUGAUAAACUGGGGAAGACGAACCAAACCCUCUUAGCACACACACCCCCGGCUACACAAAUAAACUAGUUCAAAGCAAAAUA